UGAUGUGAUAUUAUUAAUAAUAUAGUUUAUUAUAGAUAUUAGAUACCACCUCUGCCGGGCACAUCAAACAAUAUUUAUUAAACUUUUGCUAACAUUAUUGUCAUAGUCGGCUUUUCACAAAAUCCCAACAGUGAUCAAUCUUGUUGCAUUUCCCAAAUUCUCACUGGCUUUAUGGCGUACAAGUUAAGCUCCGUCCUCUAUGGACACGUAUUGGACGUCCGCGGACUGGCUACCGGAUCCGACGGUUACAUUGUAUCUGCGUCCAGAGACAAGACCGCUAAACUUUGGAAACCGAACAGUGGAAAUGCUGGAUUCACAGAAGUUCAAACAUUCAAAGGCCAUUCCAAUUAUGUAGUAUCAAUUGCAAUACUAAAUAAAUCUGAUAUCUUACCAAAUGGUCUUAUUUUAACUGGCGGUAAUGACAAGCUUAUGUGUGGAUUCCUUCCUGAAUCACCAGAACCAGUUUUUAUUGAAACUAGUCAUACAAAUACUGUGUGUAAAAUCACUCCUGGUAUAUUACCAAAUACAUUUUUAACUUCUUCAUGGGAUAUGAAUGCACGCCUAUGGAAAAUAAUGGUCAACCCUGAUCAUACUUAUCAGCCAGUAUUGCUAACAAUUUUUAAAGGACAUAUAGCAGCUGUUUGGUCUUCAAUACAACUAUCUACAAAUCAAGUCAUAACUUGCUCAGCAGAUAAAACUUUACUCAUACACAAUAUUUUACAUGGUGAUCCAGAAAAUUCAUCUAUUGCUAUUAAAAAAUUAACUGGUCAUACUGACUGUGUGAGAGAUUUAGCAGCUUUAUUGAAUAAUGAAUUUCUCUCUUGUUCAAAUGAUGCUACUGUAAAACAUUGGAAUGCAGAAACUGGUGAAUGUUUAGAAACGUUUUAUGGUCAUCCCAACUAUAUUUAUUGCUUAAGUGUCUUUUGUGGAACUGAUAUGACUAAUUCAUUAGUUGUGACUGGUGGAGAAGAUAGGUACCUUAAUGUUUGGCAAAGCUCUGAACAACAAGUCAUAUUACAACCAGCACAGAGUAUAUGGGCUGUAGCUAUUCUUCCAAAUACAGAUAUUGUUGUUGGCUCUAGUGAUGGUUUAAUAAGAAUAUUCAGUACGGAUUCAAAUCGCCAAGCUACAAAUGAAGCCCAAGCUGCUUUCCAAGAACAAGUUGACAAUGUUAAUCAGGUGGCACAAAAAGAAGUUGGUGGUAUUAAAGUUGAUAGUUUACCUGGACCAGAAGUACUUUAUAGCCCUGGAAAAAGUGAUGGUCAAGUAAUAAUGAUUAAUGAAAAUGGAAAACCUAUUUGUUAUAAGUGGUCAUCAAAUGAAUGUAAAUGGGAUAAAGUGGGAGAUGUUUUAAGUGCAUCUGAUCCAAAUAAAAACAUGCACGAAGGAAAGGAGUAUGAUUUUGUAUGGAACGUUGAUAUAGAAGAUGGUGCACCUGCGAUCAAAUUACCUUUUAACAAAGAUGAAGAUCCUUGGGUAGUAGCUCAAGCAUUUAUACACAAACACAACUUACCACAGUCUUAUUUAGAAACUGUGGCAAACUUUAUAAUUUCAAAUUCAAAGAUUUCUCCUUCACCAUUACCUGCUAGUCAAGGUUAUGUAGAUCCUUAUACUGGAGCUGCUAGGUAUGUACCAUCAAGCAAUGGUAUUUCUUCUUCUGGAACGAAUGGUCAAAACCAUUUUAAUGAACAGUCGGAUCAAGUAUCUUCUGGUUACCAAAAGUUUUUCCCUCAAACUACCUAUUUAAAAUUUGACCAAGCCAAUACUGCAAAUAUUUUAAGUAAAAUUGAAGAAUUUAAUAAAAAAGCAGGCGACUCAUUUAAUAAGCUCAACCAGAAUCAACUUGAUUCCCUUAUAAAACUCUGUGAUGUAAAUACUAGUCCUGAUAAGGAUACUAUUAAGAUAUUAAUCAGCUUACUUGAUUGGCCCAAUGAUCUUUUAUUUCCUGUACUGGAUAUUACAAGACUAGCUGUACGCAAUAAACAUGUAAAUGAUGAAUUGUGUUCAAAUAACUUAAUUAUGAAUAAAUUAUUACCGCACAUUUAUGAUAUUGAAAAGCCUACUAAUCAAAUGUUGGCGUUUAGAUGUUUAUGCAAUCUUAUGCAUCAUGAAAAAGGAGAACUUCUUGUAGUGAAACACUACGAAGAGUUUUUAAAACUUAUUCAAAAUUUAUCUAUUGAAAAUCUUUUUCAAAAACAGCUCCAAAUUGCUGUAGCCACAUUGAUGCUGAAUUUCAGUGUUAUGAUUAAACAAUCUGAUGAUAAAAUAGCUAUACAAACUGUGAAUAACACCAUAAAUAUGGUAUGUCCAAAAUUGACUGAACCUGAAGCAAUUUUCCGUUGUUUUAUAGGUAUUGGAACCUUAUUAAGUUUAAAAUAUCCUCCAACUUUGUCAGAACAAAUUAGAGAUUACAUUGAACUGAUGGCAUCAAAUUCAGAACCAUCAAAGGUGUUGUCAUGUUGUAAACAUUUGAUGACUAUUAUUGGAAAAUAAUUGGAUUAAGAAAUAUUAUUGAUUUAUUUUAUUCUUUAAAAUAAAUUUAAAUGUAAAAUGAGA